UCCUUUCCAUUACCUACUGGUGUCUUGUAGGGCUGAGGGUGAGGACCCUCUGUGCUCUGGGAGGCAGAGGCAAGGCAGGCUGUUGCUGAACUGGUCCCAUACCUGGGGUCUAAGGAGGCCAGCCCCCAAGGAUCCCACCCUGCCAAGGUGGCCAUGAGGCCCUUUUGGGGGAAUGGGGUUGUCUUCUGCAUUGGGCUACUUCUCUGGGCAUCACGACUGGCACCAGAAGCUGAGCCCUCUUACUGUACCGUCCUUCCCUGGAGAGGAAGCCGCAUCAGCUCAAAGGAGCUUGUGCUCCCCACUGCCUCGUCCUCUUAUCUACAGAGCAGUGAAAACCCAGUAUAGCCUUGGCUUUUGGCCACUCCAGCUCUCAAGGGCAGAAGGAGAAAAUGCCACUUUUGUCUGCAACGUCUCUCACAGAUUACAAGUUCCCAUCUUAAACUGGUACAGAGAAAAGAACGGCAGUCAGCCAGAGAAGUUAGCUGCCUACCCCAAAGACACGCCCAGCUCCCACCUGCAGGCCAGGUAUCACAUAGCCAUGCGGGAGGAUAAGCAGACCUACGAGAUGACUAUUUUGGGACUCCAAAUGAACGACAGUGGGAGAUACUUCUGUGGAAUUAUCAAUUUUGAAAUGCCACCAGUGGAAGAAAGUAACCGGUCAGAGCUCACUGUGACAGAAAGAAUCGUGGUCUCAACAACGACUCCUCCCUUCACCACCCCAGUGCGUCCAGAAAAAUUUCCAUGGAUCAUUGUGGUGGUCUCUGUUGUCGUGGGGGCUGUGCUGCUGCUGCUGCUCUGCUGGAUUCUGUUUGUGGUAGAAUUCCGAGGUCGAGGAGGGGCGGGUAAGUCUGAGAGCAACAAGGACUCUCUGGCCUUGAAGAAGGCUGAGCCGUCUGUCGCAUCAGUGUCCACCGUGGUCUAUGGCCAGCUAGAUUUCCAGAGGACUGAGGUCCCCAAACAAGGAGGGGCCGGCUCGGGUGAACAGACGGAAUAUGCCACUAUCAUCUUCCCAGCAGAGAAAUCUGCCUUCUACGGCAGCUCUCCCCAUAGGAAGUGAGCUGCUGCAGCCUCCGGAGGACCCUGGCAGACUUGCAGAGCCCCUGGAUAGGAAGUCUCUAGGAUUCCUGGAGGACUUUCCUCCAAGCUCAGGCUGGUGGAAGGUCCCUGAGGAGUGGGAACCCAAUUCAUUUCCUCCUCCCUAUCUGCUGCUCCACCUGGGAAGGGCCAGUCCUGACAGAGAGGCAGCGGGUCCUCAGCCCUGUCCAGGGGUCCCAGGAGAAUAUAGAGGCUUGUGGGACUGUUUGCUUUGCUGCCCACCUGGCGUUUGCCCUGGGGGGCUGGGAGUGAGAAUGGGAAGGUAGGGCUGCUGAGCCAAGAGGACAUGUGUCCCCUUGGACAGAAAGAUCCCAAUGCUGGUGCUCCUAGUAAGCUAAGAAAGUACUCAUGGAAAUCUGUCCUUACCUAGGAGCUAGGCAAGGUGGGUGUCAUUCCUCUCAUUCCACGGAUGAGAAAAUGGAGGCUCAGAAAGGCCCCCAGGAGGCCCAGCUAGUUGCUAGCAGAGCUGGGUUGGGAUCCCAAGCCGUCCCAUGCUGUUCCCUGUCCCCCUUUACCUCCCUUACCACACUGUCCCUUCUGGGGGAAUGGAUCCUGGUUUGGGGUGGGGGGAGAUUCCUGGUCAUUCAUAGAAUGUACAGCUGGAAGGGGCCUUUGAGAUCCAGCCCCUCAUUUCAUAAAAGAGAAAACAGGCCAAGAGAGGGGAAGGGACUCACCCAAGAACACUGUAUGGAUGGAGGGCAUCUAUGCUGCCUACGCAGACCCGCGUCUUCUCUGAAACUUAGUCUUAGGAGCUGCCAAUAAGAAGUUAAAUCAUUUGUCCCAGGCCACACAGUGGGUAUCAGAGGCAGCACUCGAACCCAGGCCACAUCCAGGGCUCUUCCUAUGCUUGGAUAGGAAGGCUCAUUCAGGAGGAUAACAGAUGAAUGGGGCCAGAUCUAAUCCUCAGGGUUAGGGAAGGAUGACAGAGUUUCUACUGGGAGAGUGGAGGGGCUGGGGGCAGAGCAAGGAAGGAGAGGGAGGGAGCACGUCCUGGGGUACACUCAGCGCUACAGAGAUGCAAGGAGGUGUUGGCAAACCAGACACCCUUCCCCCCAAAUCGGCCUGAUGUGGGCAUUUUUCAUGAGAGUUAAUGCAGACUCUGUGGGCACAGACUGCUAACUGUGAAAGUGAAAACCUUAGAGGUCCUGAAGGGGGUGGGGCCUGAGCAGGGCCUAGUCCUCACCUGCCUGGGGCUGCUCUAGCCCACAGUUUGAGGGCAGGAGAAGAGGGGAUGGAGCCUCCUCCUCACCCACACCCCGACCCAGAUCCUAUCCCACUCCACCAGCUCAGCCCUUUUGAUCUGCCUUGCUCCCAGCCCCCAGGACACUGAUUUGGCUCCGCCAGUCUAGAGCCCUGCCAGGGUAUGCCAAAGCCAUUUGGGGUUUGAUUAGCUCCUUAGUGCCAAGGACCCACACACCAGUCUCCAGGGUGGCUCCUGGGUUGUGCCUGGUGGCUUCUGGGGUAGUCUCAGCCCGGUUAACAGCAAUGGAACUGAGGCUGAUCUGACCUUUUCCUUUAAAGAGGAUUUCUCAUCUCUUCAACCAGCAUGGACAUCCCAAAUCUGGGAGCCAUUUCUCCUUGAAUCUGUGUAAACUGUGAUUUGGCUUCUUAAAGUUAUUAUUAUUAUUAUUAUUAUUUAUUUUAACAUGAGGUACAGGUGAGCCCUACACCCCUGGGCUCUUGCCAGGCACUACCUAUGCCUCUGACGGUGCUGUGGGCAAUCUGCUGGCAUUGCUAAAUCUUGUAUUUAAAAUGGUGACGAGCCAUAAUUCUUUAGUUAUUUUGCAUAUUUGCACUUGAUCUUGGCCGAUGAAGACUAUGAGGAGUGGCUGAGAUGAAUCUAGCCUGUAGCUGCUCCCAUGGACUUCUGGGGUGGCAAGAGAGGGAAGUGGGUGGAGAAUAGAAACCACGCUAUGUGUUGACAUCCCCUAAUUUUUUCAGUAGGCCCAUUUGGGCUUUGGUGCCUCAUUUCUAUGAGUUUGUUUUCUACUGUAAA